UAGAUCCCCUUUAAGGAGAAGAGGAAAGAGUAAGAUCCGGGUCGUUUUGGCCUGCGUGGCACAUUUUUUUGGAAGAGUGUGACAUCUUAUACCUUCAACAUGAGACUUGGCUUUUGGAUUUUCAUGGAGCUGGAGAGUCCACCACUGAUCUCAGCACAAAAACAGUCCAAGCUGGACGAACAUGGCCUCCAGUGCUCCACACAACUUCUCCUGGGUUGAACCGGGUAAAUUGGCCGGACUGGCGCUUCCCCGGAUGACCUGUGAAUAUCAGUAUCUGCUGGAUAACGGUAUCAAACAUCUGGUUUGCCUGUGCGAGAGGAAGCCGCCGUACCACGACACGUGUCCAGAGCUACAGCUGCACCACAUCAAGAUACGUGACUUCACGCCUCCGUCUCCGAGUCAGAUUGACAAUUUCCUCUCGAUCGUGGAGGAAUCCAACUCGAAGGGGGAGGGUGUAGCAGUUCACUGCAUGCACGGCCACGGGAGGACAGGGACCAUGCUGGCGUGCUACCUGGUGAAGAUGAGGAAGAUUUCAGGGAUCGACGCCAUCAAUGAGAUCCGCAGACUACGGGCAGGCUCGAUCGAAACUCACGAUCAAGAGAAAGCGGUGGUGCAGUUUUAUCAGCGCACUAAGUAGCUUUUACAGAGGCAAUAAGAUAAUAAUGAGACAGAUGUAGCAAUGAUUUAUAACAGUUAAACAAGCAUAACAUAAGUGGAAGUGCCUGAAUUAUGUUCCUACAUGAAACCUUUUAUUAUUUCGUGACAGGAAAAUACAAUGAAGAGUUUAAACAGGUGAUUAAACAAGAUCAAAUUUCACUAGGCCAAACAUUUCUAAAGAUAAUACUUAGGCACGCUACCUUUUUACACUGAAUACUGUCAUCUUGUCAGAGCAUCGUCUGACAUUUCACUUUUCUUUAUAUAGAUAUGUUCCUCUUCUGAGGUGUCUGUUUACAAGGCUUUGACCUUCAUUUAUGCACUAGACGCUAGGGAAAAGAGACGCUGCCGUUCCUUGAAUGUGAGCUUUUCAGGGGCCGGUGCUCUCUUGAUUUUCUCCUCCUGGUUUCUGUGAAUAAACAUUGAUAUUAGCAGAUAUACGGUACUUUCAUUUCAUUAGUACUUAUGGGGAAUCAUUUACGGGGACACAACAAUAUAUUUAUUGAGUGUAGUUUGCAGAUUUAUAUUACUCAGGGAUUUCUUUCAGUUACUUUCUAAGUAAUUGAAGGAAAUAAGUUGCUAUUCUGUAAUUUCUCGCUGUUUAAGCUUGUUUUAGUAGUACACAAAUGUCAUCAUGAGAAGAAAUACUGCAUUAAAAUCACAGUUGCUUGUUAGAUUUCAUUUCAAUGUGAUACUUAAACGAUCAAAAA